CCACGAAGUCUUCUUCUUCUUCUUUCUCUAAAAUUCAUUACGAUUCCGAUUUCAUCUUCAAAUGUUACCCAGACGAGCUCAAAUUCGCAUUAAUCAAUCUUUCUAUAUGCAUAGCUACACGCAGGAGCAAUCUCGGAUCUCAAUUUCAGGCGUUUGCGAUUCCGAUGUAGGUUUUUAAAUUUUUUCCGAUGGUGAAUCAUUACCAAGUUCUAGGCGUUACGAGAAACGCGACUAAGAAGGAAGUUAAGGAUGCGUUUCGGAGAUUAGCGAUUAAGUAUCAUCCGGAUAAGCACGCGCAGUCUCCGGAUCACGUUAGGAGAAACGCCACCGUGCGGUUUAAGCUUGUCUCGGAGGCGUACGAAGUUUUGAACGACGAUCUGAAACGCGCUUCUUAUAACGCUGUUAGCGAUUCCGAUUUCUUUCGCCGUACUAGCAGCGGUUCGUAUAGUAGUAAUCCGUAUGGGAAUCGUGGUGGUAAAGCGUAUGGCUACGGUUAUGGUUACUCUGGGAAGAGUCGUCAGUCUUCUAGUUUCAGGAGCGGGUUUGAUUUGACGUUUCGGUACUUGACUACUCGCGCGUUUCUACUUAAUCUCGCAUUAGCUGGUGGUAUGUACUUUGCAUUUACUGCAAUCGAUACAAGCGGAGAAACACUAUGGAAAAUGCGUAACUCUGGGAAAUCAUUUGAAGAGGCAAUGGAAUCAAUCGAGAAAUCAAAGACACAUAAGGAUGAAGGGUGAAAGAGAGGACUCAAAGUUACUACUUUGACUUUGAUUUUUAAGCUUCUUAUUCUGUGAGCUUGAUGGGUUUGUGUGGGUCAUUGUUAGCGACUUUUCAAAGACUUCAAUUUCUUAUAAAGGAGAUGUGCACAUAUCUAUAAUUCAAAGAAAUACUCCAGACACUGGAGUAUAUAUCAAAAACUAGCUUGAAUUUCGGCCAGAUAUAUUUGAUCGUGGUGGUAACGUAUUUGAUUGUCUUAUUUAUAUAAA